AUGUCUCAUUAUUUUUUAUCACACUCGCAAUUAGUCGGAUUUUCUGGCACCCCUUCGCCUACCCUACGUACCCAGCGAGAAGCGAUAGCCGCCAUGAUUUUAGGUUGGCAUCCUAGACAAGCUGUCAGGUUAUCAUUCCCUAACAUCACAUUGCGGAUAUUAAGACCCCUGUGGGCUGUGGCCAACGGUUCUCAACAUCCGGGAAAUUUCAGCAUGUCGGCUGCUGCCAUUAUCGAUCCUCUCUCGUCCACAGCGGUCUGGAUGCUUUGCCGCUAUUGGGAACCUGGCCUUCCUCCCUGGCUCCUCACCUUUCCUUAUCGGGCACCACUUUAA